AUGUCUGUAGGGCAGACAAGAAAGUUGCAUACUAAUCUCCAUACUGUCUUCACUGUCGACAGUGACAAUCUGAGGAGCAGUUGGGUAUGUUUGGAUGUCCAGACACCAAAUGGUUUACGUCAUACAACCGUUCACAAAAUUGGAUGCAAUAUUCGUCCUGCUUGUUCGAUUUGUCAAAGAAGGCGCUUCUGGACCUCGCUUUCUUAA